AUGAAAUUGUUUGGUGUGUGCCCUGACGAGGUGACACUUGUCGGCGUCCUGUCAUCUUGCGCUAAUCUCGGCGCACGAAAAAUCGGUGUCGAAGUGGAACAAAUGAUAAUAAAUCGUGGGUUUGUGCUUAAUCCGUAUUUGAAUAAUUCGUUGAUUAGCAUGUAUGCUAGGUGUGGUGACUUGAGAAAGGCGAGAGCUAUUUUCGAUUCACUCCCGGAUAAAAAUUUGGUGUCUUGGACAGCUAUCAUAGGCGGCUAUGGGAUGCACGGCCAUGGAAUUAUCGCUGUCGAGCUUUUUGAUCGUAUGAUUUUGGCAAGCGUCUGGCCAGAUAAAGCUGUUUUCGUUUGUGUUUUAACCGCAUGCAGCCAUGCGGGGCUCACGGAAAAAGGGUUGGAUUAUUUUUACUCGAUGGAGAAAAAUUACAAUCUGGUCCCUGGCCCGGAACACUAUUCUUGCGUUGUGGACCUUUUGGGCCGGGCGGGUCGACUAGUCGAGGCUGAAAACGUGAUCAUGUCAAUGCCGAUGGAGCCCGAUGGGUCCAUAUGGGGAGCUUUAUUGGGUGCCUGCAAGAUCCAUAAAAAUGUGGGCUUGGCUGAGCUGGCUUUCGAUAAAGUGAUUGAGCUUGAGCCCAUGAAUAUAGGUUAUUAUGUUCUAUUAUCGAAUAUUUAUACCGAGACGGGUAAUAAAGAAGGCGUGCUGAGGGUUCGGGUGAUGAUGAGAGAACGGGGACUGAAAAAAGAUCCCGGUUAUAGCUAUGUCGAGCAUAAAGGUAAAAUACAUCUGUUUGUGGCCGGGGAUAAAAGUCACCCUCAAACGAAAGAGAUUUGUAAAAUGUUGGGGGAGUUGGAGGAUUUAGUGUACGCAAAAGAGGAUGAUGAAAAGAAGCAAAGGGAUUAUCAAUCUAUGCAUCAUAGCGAGAGAUUGGCAGUUGCAUUCGCGCUCUUGAAUUCGUGUUCGGAAGAGGAGGAUAUUCUCGUUAUUAAGAAUCUGAGGAUAUGUGAAAACUGUCACGUGUUUAUAAAAUCGGUCAGCAGAUUUGUGGAGAAUCGUCGCUUUGUGGUUCGUGAUGCGACCCGUUUUCACCAUUUUAAGGGUGGGUCUUGUUCUUGUAAUGACUACUGGUGA